GGGCGCACUGCAUGUCAGCAUUGCUUGGAUGAUAUACUAUCACAAACAACUCAAAAAAAUUCAGCAAAAACCCAACAGUUCCCCUCCAGGGCCGACCCCAGAGUAUCUCGCAACAGGUCCACUUGGCCCGGUUGAACCCGAGGAAUCAGCCAGGCCGUCCUGCAGAAACCCAAAUAUUGACUCUCGAUAUGAACGUACUGCCGACAGGAAUGAAAAAGGACAAACAGCGGAACAUUCAAGCCACUUCAACAAAAGUUAUCUCUCUGACCUUUACACAUCUCCAUCGGCGUCUCGCCACGGCCAUCUGACCACCAGGGAGAAACGAGAAAAGCCCCCAAACCUGCACUGGAAAGAGAAGCUUGAUGGGAAGGAGAAACGUGGGGGUCAUCAGGUCGAAAAAACAAAGGAUUUACCUCCUAGGGUCACAUCCCGGGCUCCAUCGAUGACUCCUGAACUUGACGAUGGAGCCGGCGGCUCACGCGACAGGAAAAGGAAGCGCGAGUGGGACGGCUCCGGCACACUGAAGAUGGUGAAGCAGGAAGCCGCAGACGACAGACUCGACUCCUCAGAGAAUUUGAACACGGAUCCAUCUCCGCUCGGCACAACUCACACGCGUCGGCCUUCACAUGCCAGGCCAGAUGUGGACAGAGGACAUUUGUCUGCCUUUUACCCCGACAGCAGUAGAUGGAGAGUGAUCAGAACUCCCGGGGGACUGGCGCCUUAUCCCGGGGCCGACAUGCACCCCUACCAAACUGCUUCAUGGGAGCCGAUAUGGGACGUUCCCCAGAGGAUGGACCUGCACCGCGGACAAAACCUCCAAAAGGACUAUUCGUUGAAUACCUGCAAAGCAAUCAGGACACUUAGGCCCCUUUAUUUCCCUCUGGCGCCGAGGCAGCAGGAGCCGGUGUACCUCGGAGGGAGGGAGUUCCUCCACCCGGGUCACGAGAACUGUCCUCUCCACCGUGCUGGCUAUCUGGCGACCUCUUACCUGGAGCCCUGAGUCUUGAGCAGCUGCUCCCAUGACAA